AUGCCGUCGUCCUCACCUGUUUUCAGUACUCCACUCACGAAGCAAUUCAAGAUAAAUCAUCCAAUCAUGUUAGCAGGCAUGAAUGUUGCCGCUGGCCCUAGGCUGGCUGCCGCAGUUACGAACGCUGGUGGCAUUGGCGACAAGGACGCGCCGUUCGGUGUAGACCUGGCGCUACCGCAGCUCGGAGGCAACGCAAGGAAAACAAAUUACGACUACACCAAGGGGCAAUUACCCACGCUCACCGACAUAAUCAUCAAGAACAAAGCUUCGUUGUUUGUUUGCGCUAUAGGCGUUCCUCCAAGGGACAUGGUCGACAAGCUACACGCAGCUGGCAUCGUUGUGAUGAACAUGGUUGGCCACCCAAAGCACGUCGAGAAGGCACUAGCACAGGGCGUAGACAUGAUCUGCGCCCAAGGCGGCGAGGGCGGCGGACACACCGGCGACACGCCCUUCUCCAUUCUCAUUCCUGCAAUAGUCGACAUCUGCAAGGACAAGAAGAGCCCGCUCACGGGCAAGCCGAUCAUCGUCAUUGCCGCAGGUGGCAUAGCAGAUGGACGAGGCCUCGCCGCUGCGCUCUCGUAUGGUGCUUCUGGCGUGUGGGUCGGCACCCGCUUCGUGGCGAGCGAGGAGGCAGGUGCUCCACCGAUACACAAGCAACAGGUCGUGACCGCCGGGUACGAUGACGUUGUUCGAACCCUCAUUUACUCUGGUCGCCCGAUGAGCGUGAGGAGGACAGCCUACGUAGCCAGUUGGUCAGUCCAUCGGGCUCGCGUUCUUGAGGACGGUCGACAAGCGGACAUUGAGGCUUUCACUUCCGAAGGCAAGAUCCCGCACGAGGCGGAAGUGGAGAUACAUCCUGAGCGUAUGCUCGAGGGUCGUGCAUGGCUCAUGGGCAAAGUGGCCGCGUCGAUCAAGGAUGUCAAGCCAGCGAAAGCUAUUGUCGAUGAGAUGGUAUCGACUGCUGCAACCAGUCUGCAGAAGGCAAUGAGCCAGAUAAGCGUCGAUGAAGUCAUUGCGCGGGCUAAGCUGUAA